UUUUCUUCUUCCGCCGUCAACCGGAGCCGUGAGAACAGCACCGACACUGUCACACCGGAACCGGACGAUGGAGGGACAAGAGCCGCAUUAGAGGAGGAGAACCCGCCGCCAGCACGAGGAGGGAGGCCAGAGCGAACCCGGACGUCCGACCUCCGAGCUCCGAGCUCCUCCGCCGCCCGGCCGCCUCGACGCGCGGGUGCGGGAGGCAGCGAUGCGGCUUGGACGCUCCGACCUCGGCCAGCCGAAGCCCAACCGGGACCGGUAAACGUUGGACUGUAUCAGGUGUCCCGCCGCCCCUCGGACACGUGGAGAAGGUCAGCAGGACAUCCUCACCUGGCUGCAAGACUGCAGGUGCCGGCCAUGACCCCCGAGCCGCUUCGCCGCUGAGAGCCCGACGUGUCCUGGCGCCGCCAUGCUGAUCAAGGAGUACCGCAUCCCCAUGCCCAUGAGCGUGGAGGAGUACCGCAUCGCCCAGCUCUACAUGAUCCAGAAAAAGAGCCGCGAGGAGAGCUGCGGCGAGGGCAGCGGCGUGGAGAUCCUGGAGAACAAGCCGUACGAGGACGGGCCCGGAGGCUCGGGUCAGUACACGCACAAGGUCUACCACAUCGGCAAGCACAUCCCGUCCUGGUUCUGCUCCAUACUGCCUCAGGCUGCGCUGCGCGUCGAGGAGGAGUCGUGGAACGCUUACCCCUACACCAGGACCAGGUACACGUGUCCGUUUGUGGAGAAGUUCUCCAUCGACAUCGAGACGUAUUACAUGCCCGACACCGGAAACCAGCUGGACGUCUUCAACCUGUCCUCGGCAGAGAGGAGGCAGAGGACCGUAGACCCCAUUGACAUCGUCAAGGACUACAUCCCGCCUCACGAGUACCUGGCGGAGGAGGACCCCAGACUGUACCAGUCGGUCAGGACCAAGCGAGGUCCGCUGUGCGAGGACUGGAUCGAGGAGAUCAACCGGGGUCCCGGCCAGACCUCGGUCAUGUGCGCCUACAAGCUCUGCAAAGUGGAGUUCAGAUACUGGGGCAUGCAGUCCAAGAUAGAGCGCUUCAUCCACGACGUGGGCCUGCGCAAGGUGAUGGUGCGAGCCCACCGGCAGGCGUGGUGCUGGCAGGACGAGUGGUACGGCCUCACCAUCGAGGACAUCCGGCAGCUGGAGCUGGAGACGCAGCUGGCGCUGGCCAAGAAGAUGGCCCAGUUCAGCCUCAGCGACGAGCCGGGCUCCGAGGCCAACGGCUGCUCGGCCGGCCAGGCGCCGGCGCAGCGAGGCGACGCCGGUGGACCCGGCGCGGCCGCCGAGGCGGAGGGGGGCGGGGCUAGCCCGGGAGAGAGUCGAGGAGAGCUCACCAAGCAGUGGUCCACCUCGUCACGCUCCUCCAACAGGUCGUCCAAGAGAGGAGGAAGCCCCUCCCACCAGAGCAUCUCGGAGUGGAGGAUGCAGAGCAUCGCCCGCGACUCGGAGGACAGCACCGACGACGAAUUUUUCGACGCUCAAGAUGGUUUCUCCGACAGCGAGGAGCUGCUGCCCAAAGAGAUCACCAAGUGGAGCUCCAACGACCUGAUGGACAAAAUGGAGAGCAUGGAAGCGGACGUAGCCCAAGAGACGCUGUAUCCCGAGUCGACCGAGGACUUUGCCGCCAUCGCCAACAAGGAGACGCAAAUGGAGGCGUCCCAGCAGGGUCUUCAGCCCUCCAAGAUUCACGUCCUGGUCUUGGUCCUCCACGGGGGCAACAUUCUGGACACCGGCUCAGGCGAACAGAACAACAAGCAAGGCGACGUCAACACCCUGAGCGGCGCCUUCGAAGCGGUCAUGCGGGUCCACUACCCAACAGCGCUGGGCCGCAUCGCCAUCAGGACGGUGCCGUGUCCGGCGGUCUGCGUGGAGGCCUUCUCGCUGGUGUCCAACCUCAGCCCCUACAGCUACGACGAGGGCUGCCUGUCCAGCAGCCAGGACCACAUCCCGCUGGCCGCCCUGCCGCUCCUCGCCACCUCGGCGCCGCAGUACCAGGACGCGGUGGCCGCCGUCAUCCUGCGAGCCAAUCAGGUGUACGCCGACUUCAUCAGGUCUCUGGAAGGCGCCUCGUUUAAUGGACAGGUGUGCGUGAUCGGGGACUGUGUCGGAGGCAUCCUGGGCUUUGACGCCCUGUGCAGUAGUUCCAUCUUGGUGUCGGAGAGUCAGAACAGCAGCAGGCGGGGCAGCGCCGUCAGUGUGCAGGACACGGAGCUGCUCUCUCCGGGCAUCGUCAUCAACAGCAUCUCGCCGUCCCUGGAAGGCAGCCGCCACCUCAGCCGCAGCAACAUCGACAUCCCGCGCUGCUCGGGCCCCGACGACCCCAAGAAGCAGCUGCCGCGUAAGCGCAGCGACUCCUCCACCUACGAGCUGGACACCAUCAAGCACCACCAGGCCUUCCUGUCCAGCCUGCACUCCAGCGUGGUCCACGGCGAGGCGGGGUCGCGCCGCUCCAGCAACAGCACCAUGCUGGAUGGCACCUCCUUGGGGAAGUUCGACUUUGAGGUGACCGACUUCUUCUUGUUCGGAUCUCCCCUGGGACUGGUGCUGGCGCUGAGGAAGACCGUGGUGCCCUCCUUGGACGUGACGGCGCUGCGCCCGGCCUGCCAGCAGGUCUACAACCUGUUCCACCCGGCCGACCCGUCCGCCUCCCGCCUGGAGCCCCUCCUGGACAAGCGCUUCCACCUGCUGCCUCCCUUCAGCGUCCCCCGCUAUCAGCGCUUCCCCCUGGGGGACGGACUCUCCGCUCUCCUGGUGGAGACCGUGCAGAGCAACCCCCAGCUGCUGAUGGAGACGCCGGUGGGGGGCGGAGCUUCGCAUCGUGGGCAGGAGAGCGGCGUGCACGAGACCUCCAUCCCCGUGCCCGUCCUCAACUGGCCGUCCUCGCAGCACCACGCGGAAACCGACGCCCACAUCUCCGUGGACGCCCCCUGCCCACCCUCCACGUCCCCGGGGGUCCCUCACAUCCGCUGCCACCGCAGGGCCAGCGAGGCCAGCUUGGCCAGUCAGGUGUCGGGUCUGGCCGACUCCUACGCCGCCUCCAACCUCGCCAACACACGCCAGCCAGCGAGGAGGCCCAGCCUGCUGUCACACCUGCCCUACGGUAAACUGGCCUGCCGGACGCCGUCUUUGCGGUCGGCCAAGAAAAGCCGACAGGUGUCCCCGAGACAGUCCCAGAUGACCUCUGACCUCAGCGAGGUCACGUCUGACAUGGUUGAUUUCAGCUCGGCGCCCCCCUCCCCCGCGGUGCUGAGGAACUUAGAGCAAGUCGCGUCCCGCUGGUGGGGCAGCAAGAGGAUGGACUACGCCCUGUACUGCCCCAACGCCCUGACGGCCUUCCCCACCGUGGCUCUGCCGCACCUCUUCCACGCCUCCUACUGGGAGUCCACGGACGUGGUCUCCUUCCUGCUCCGACAGGUGAUGAGGCACGAGAACUCCAGGAUCCUGGAGCUGAACGGCAAAGAAGUGUCGGAGUUCACGCCGUCCAAACCCAGAGAGAAGUGGCUCCGUAAGCGCACGCACGUCAAGAUCCGGAACGUGACGGCCAACCACCGCGUCAACGACGCCGUGUUCGCCGAGGACGGCGCCCAGACGGUGACGGGUCGCUUCAUGUACGGCCCGCUGGACAUGGUCACGCUGACGGGAGAGAAGGUUGACGUCCACAUCAUGACCCAACCCCCCUCGGGGGAGUGGCUCUACUUCGACACGGGGGUCACCAACAGCAGCGGCCGCGUCUCCUACGUGCUGCCCGACAGGAAGAGGCUGGGGGUCGGGGUGUAUCCCGUCAAAAUGGUGGUCAGGGGAGACCACACCUCUGCAGACAGCUACCUGACCGUGGUGCCGCGGGGAACCGAGUUUGUGGUCUUCAGCAUCGACGGCUCCUUCGCCGCCAGCGUGUCCAUCAUGGGCAGCGACCCCAAGGUCCGAGCAGGAGCCGUGGAUGUGGUCAGGUACUGGCAGGACCUGGGCUACCUGAUCGUGUACGUGACGGGUCGCCCCGACAUGCAGAAGCAGCGCGUGGUGGCUUGGCUCUCUCAGCACAACUUCCCGCACGGCGUGGUCUCCUUCUGCGACGGGCUGGUCCACGACCCGCUCAGACACAAGGCCAACUUCCUCAGAUGCCUGGUCAACGAGGCCCAGAUGAGGAUCUUCGCCGCGUACGGGUCCAGCAAGGACAUCUCGGUGUACGCCAGCGUGGGCCUGCCCGCCUCCCACAUCUACAUCGUGGGAAGACCCACCAAGAAAAUGCAGCACCAGUGUCAGUUCAUUCCUGACGGGUACGCAUCGCACCUGUCCCAGCUGGAGUACAACCAGCGCUCCCGUCCCGCCAAGUCAGCCGGCGCCCGCGUGGUCCUCCGCAAGAGCAGCUUCGGGCUGGGGGCGGCGGCGGGGGACUUCCUCCGCAAGCGCAACCACAUCUUCCGCACCAUUUCCUCGCAGCAGCCGGGCCGGACCGAGCGAACGCUGAGCCAGUGCGAGGCGGACCGCGGCGUGUCUGCGGCGGCGGCGGCGGCCACCCAGAGGAGCAUGAGCAUCGCGGCGGGGUGCUGGGGCCGCAGCGGGAGCACCAAGGAGGGCAGCGCGGGGUUACUUGGCCCCAAGUGAGCUCGCCCGGGCCGGCCUGAGCCACCGUGAUCUCUGGACGGGGCGAACACCUUGUGUAUUUUAUAUCAGAAGGAGUGGACUCAUCACGCCAACAAAGACAAUUAUGUAGCAUGACUCUUUUACACUAACACUUUUUUUAAUAGGCUCUGAAAACAUCAAGGAAGGGUUUGAUUCAUGAUUAUAAUAAGCCUUAAACCCCCACAUCUCAUACUCAUUUUGUAGAAAAGCUGUCCACAAACAUUUAUUUUAUCGCCAACAUUCACACAGGAAGUAGGUGUGUUGACCUUGUCCGCCAUUUUAAUUGCCACCCUUAAACAUACUUGCCAGCCCUCUCGGAUUUUCCGGGAGACUCCCGAAAUUCAGCGCCUCUCCCGAAAACCUCCGGGCACAAAUUUUCUCCCGAAAUUCAGGCGGAGUUGGAGGCCACGCCUCCUCCAGCUCCAUGCGGACCUAAGUGACGUGUAUAAAGAGCGUGUCUGCCCAAUGACGUUAUAACUGUAGAAUGAUCGAGGGCGAGUUCUUGGUUUCUUAUGUGGGUUUAUUGUUAGGCAGUUUCAUUAACGUACUCCCUGCGCGGUAAAACAACACAAAACAACAGCAGUCCGUUUUCGUCUAGCGUAAAGCAGUUUGUCUGCCAAACAGCAAUGUUGUGACACUCUUAAACAGGACAAUACUGCCAUCUACAUGCAUUUGGUUAGAAAAACAAGUUUGGAUAAUUCAACCCUUAACUCAACAAUGAGUAGAUGAGUGUUAUGUGUGUAUAAAUGUGUAAAUAAAUGAACACUGAAAUUCAA